CAAGAUCGCAAAUUCUGGUUAUUUGAGUGGAGCGACGAUGGAGGUCCAUGUGUGGAGCUCGCUGGAAGAGCAGGUCGAUACGGUGCUGCCCGUCGAGAUCGCCGGCGACAAGUACCUCGUCGCGGUAACCUCGUUCCUCGAGGGCAACGACUGGAGCAGCAGCGUGCGGCUCUUGCGCUACGCCAGCGGCGUCUUUGAGCACGUCCACGCCCUGCGCCUCCCGACCAGCGUCGCCAGCGUCGCGUGGUUCGAGCCCGACGUGCUCGUUUGCGCCGGCGACGAUGGCGAUCUUUACUAUUGCAUGUAUGACACCGAGGCGUCUCGUUGGCGCCGCCUCGACCCGGAAGUCGCGCAUGGUCACAACGACCUCAUCACGUCCGUGGACAUCCAUGUGUCGACGCUCGCGUCGGCCAGCUGGGACAACAGCGUCAAGGUCUGGGACCUCACAACGAUGGCGCUGCGCGAGCAGCUCAAGGACCACACGGACAAGGUCUGGGGCGUCCAGUGGGCGCCGUUGGCGACGGAGCAGUGUGCGACCGCGUCCCAAGAUCGCACCGUGCGGCUGUGGGAUACGCGCCAGCCCCGCGCGACCACGUCCGUCUCGACGCCAAGCGCGGCCAUGUGCGUGGCGUGGCACCCGACGCAGGACCACCUCGUGACCACGGGCCUCGAAGACGGGUCGCUCUGGACGAUCGACACGCGGUCCUUGGAGACGACGCUCUCGACCUUGAACCAAGUGCAUCGCAGCAGCGUGCAUGCCAUCUCAUACCACGACGAUGCGCUGGCGUCGGCUUCGGACGACACGACAGUGCAGAUCUGGGACCAUCUCUCGUCGGCGUCGCCCACACAGCGGCUCGUGUACGACGAGCACGCAGACUAUGUACACGGGGUCGCGUGGUGGCAUGGCAACUGCGUCGUCUCGAGCAGCUAUGACAAGAGUGUGCAUCUUUGGCCCGUCGAAGCCUAAAUGCCAAGACUUCUUAAAUAGGUAGCAGCUCUUUCCCACUGUCCGCAGCUUCCUUGGGCUUGGCCUUGGCGACCGAGUUGCGCGCAGGCUUGGGUGGGGGCUUGACGUCGAGUAGCCACUCGUGCGCGAGCGCAUCCGAUGGCGUCAGCCGCACGGCCGGGUCCCAUGCCAAGCACCGCGCGACAAAGUCGGUCAUUUUGCCGUCCGGGUUCUUCAGUAGCGCGCGGAGCUCGCGGGACUUUGGUCGGCGCUUCCGACCGCGU